CCUCCUCCACUGUUCGCCAGCGCCUCCGCCACUGUUCUGUAGGACGACGCUUACUUAUUCAACUUCGCCUGCUCCUCUCUUCCUCCUCUGCUUUCUCCGCCGCCUCUCUGUUCUUCACCAACCAACCCUCGCGUUACCACCAUCGUCUCCGUUUCCGGCCUCAUUCUCUCCUUCCUCUCGCCACCGGAUCGCUUCGUACCCUGCCCGUUGCACCUCCGGCCUUGCAGCCAGUGUCAUAUGAAUAUGGAUGUUGCUCAAUCAGGCUUGUUUCCGUUACAGCGUUGUAAAAUUGUGCACCUGCUUAGGCAUGCACAAGGUAUUCAUAAUGUGGAAGGUGAGAAGGACCACAGUGCAUACAUGUCUCCAGAGUUUUUUGAUGCACACCUUACUCCAUUGGGAUGGAAUCAGGUUGAUAAUCUUCGGAAACAAGUAAAAGCGUGUGGUUUGUCAGGGAAAAUUGAAUUGGUCAUUACGUCUCCAUUAUUGAGGACAAUGCAAACAGCAGUUGGAGUGUUUGGAGGUGAGAGUUGUACUGACGGAGUGAACAUACCUCCUUUGAUGGUUGAAAACACAGGGCACAGUGGUCGACCUGCUAUUUCCAGUUUGAAUUGUCCACCUUUCCUAGCAGUUGAACGAUGUCGUGAACGCCUGGGAGUUAACCCAUGUGAUAAAAGAAGAAGUAUAAGCGAGUGCCAACAACUUUUUCCUGCAAUUGACUUUUCUUUGGUAGAAAAUGAUGAAGACGUAUUGUGGAAAGCUGAUGUCAGAGAAGCUAAUGAAGAAAUUGCAGCUAGAGGAGUGAAGUUUAUCGACUGGUUAUGGACACGCAAAGAGAAGGAAAUUGCUAUUGUAAGCCAUAGUGCAUUCUUGUUUUAUACUUUACAAGCAUUUGGUGGUGACUGUCAUCCUAUUGUGAAGGAGGAAAUUAGUAGAUACUUUGGCAACUGUGAACUGCGCUCCAUGGUUUUAGUGGAUAGAAGCUUGCUUGGUUCUGAAACAUCUAGUUGCAAUUAUCCUGGCAAGAUAUCGCAUGCCGAUGAGAAGCUAGCACGCAAGGAGAAAACAUAUCUAAAUUAACAUGGUCAAGUGUAGGUUAUGGUAUGCCAUCAAGCAGCUACAUAAAUGCAAGGAUUCAAGAGUUUUUGGACAAAUUUAUUGUUUGGACAGGAAUGCCUGUGCAUUCUUUUCUCUAAUCACUUAAUUAGCUAUAUAAAUGAAGCUUAUCUAGGCAUAUACUACUCCAUUUAAGGAAAUUGCAUCCUAUUAUUUUGAUUAAAUCCUGC